GAUAACAUAAUGACAGAAUGUUUGUCGUCUAAUAGAAGCUGGUAACAUCGAUACGGAGACGCGGCACAGGAUUCAACUUUGAUUCAAGGAUCAUGCGCCCUACAACAGCACGAUCAAGUCGAUCAUCCCUACAUUAUCCCCGAUCAUCUCAGAUCUUAACCUCAUCGACUACGUCGUCUGUUUAUCAACAGCUACAGCAACAACAACCACAGCGACAAAUUUUGUAUGCUCCCAUCAGUAAACCAAUGAUGACUCUUCAGCCAUGUGGAACAUCACUUCAUCCGUCAUGCGUUUAUCCGACCGUUCAACCACAUGUUGACUCGUCGAAUCCCGCUCCUAUACAUGUUCAAGGUAAGAACAACCGAUGGCACACGAAAAACAAGACGUCUCGCGGCCAACAAUAUUACCAACAGCAGCAACAGCAACAAUUUUCCUAUCCGAAACCCAUGAUGCUCCUUGAUCAACCUACCUCCAACGUCCCUUCAAUAGUCCCUCCGUCGACCACGUCCUUCUUAGUAGCCUCUUCCACGUUCACCCAUGGCCCUUUGCCUAGCGAGCAUUACAACAAUACUUCUGGAGUGACGCAUUUGCUGCCACAGCCCUAUUUUAAAUCACCGGACAUGCAACAGACUUUUUGCCUUAUUCAGGACCGACAGAAUGUUCAGCGACAACAACAACACCCGAUACAGGCUUCCUACUACAAUAUCUCGGCCGCAAAUGCCUGCAGCUUACAAACAGUCAACGCCAGUUCAUCCUUUCCGCUUGCCAACAUCAAUCCUUACAGCAGUAUGGCCACCUACACCAAUAAUCAGUUCUCGGCAUCGGUGCAGUCUCCUCCGUUCUUUUCGACUUCACCCGUCACAGGUCUGGUCUUCGCCCCAACGCGGGAUAAGACUUUACCAUUAUCCACGUUGGAAUUCUCAUCUUUCAAGCAUAGUGCGAGCAAAACACCGAGCAUCUGCGAGUCUCGAGUCAUUCCGAUCGGUCCCAACGACAACACUAGUGGCUGGCCGCCUGAAAGCGAAACAUCCUCAAAGAAUUCGUACGACCUGCCAAUCAUAAGUAACAACAAGAGCCUUGAAGCUGCCGAUUGUUCCUUGCAGAAGACCAUUUCCACAGUCGCAAAGACCGACGAAGAGCAUUACUCUGACGCGUCCUCGGCCAGCUUUGACUUCACUAUCGAGGCUGAGAAGAUGGUCUCCGCUCUGUGCAAUACCACAUCGUCCAAUGAUCUGAGCAAAGAGGAAUCGAAAACCACCAAGACCGACUCCACGCCAUUCAGCGGCGCAGGAGAUAACGUGUCUAACAAGACGGCCUGGUUUACUGAUUUUUGCUCCGAGUAUGAGAACGGAAUGUCGAUAGGUGUCCAAACGGAUGAUCCAUGUGCGGACAGGUCGCAAUAUCCAGAGCUGAUCCGAAAGACAGCUUAUCGGGGAUGCACCGAAGCUGAGCUCGUUCUCGGCAGCUCCGACAGCUUACGAACGGACCCCAAGCGGGACUGGUUAACGUGUCUGGCAUCCGCCACCAAGACUGCCAUUACCAAAUCUUCAACGUGUAUUCCAGUGUUUGGCGGAGACCGAGUCUUUGUCGACGAUCUUAUAAACGCUCUCUUGCGCAUCAGCAACGGUUGGCUGAGCCUCGACAAUUACCUGAACAAACAACAUUUUCCUAACUUGCUGGACAGACUGGAUCCUGAGUUCAUUAGAUGUUUUCACACAUGGGAAGUGAGCACGUAUGAGCUUCUGAAGAAAAUAGUGCAGGCUUUCGGAAAAUUCGGCGAAAACGACGAAGCGUCGGCGUCAGACGUUGAACACAAAUGCAAGGAAACCUGCGGUUCGUCCUCGUUCCCAGGCGAUGUGUCGCUUUACAUAAACUACGAUCUCUUCACUUUGCUUCAUCCUGCGAAUUCCUUUCUUCAACAAGACGCAAUUGAGAGAGUGUCCUGCCGGGAAACUCCGCAAAAUGUAACGACAACGCCACUAUUGAGUAGCCUGUAUAGCUUUCGAUACAAUUCCGGUCAACAAGAACAGCACUCGGCGAGUCAGAAGGAGAGCAAGUUGCGGAGCAAAUGGACCAUCAUCGAGAACCCGUCGUCUGUCAUCAACACCACUAAGUCUGUGGCCAAUAUUCCCGUGAGUUACAACGAUAAUUUGACGAGCAAAUUCCGCGUCAAGGAUACGUUCUCAUCUAAAAAGUACGGCUUCACCCAGAAGUCGCUGAAUGCCGAAUUUUGCCAGCUGAGGAACAAAGUAAUGGAGAGCAAUGCGGACGUGACGAAGGACAGGAGGCAAGACUACGUGCUCGAAGCGAAACCUCUGACAUUUACCGACAACACCGAGUCAAUUAGACCGCAGAGUCCAGCAAUCAGCAACCCGAUUAGUUAUCGGGGUCUGUAUGCGCAGAACUGCGUGUCCUUCAAGUUUCCUGGUCAAUCGGAUUCUUCGUAUCUCACAGCCAACCCGGAUCCUAUCCUAACGUACGAAGGGACCAAUUAUUCACUGCCGAUGAAUUCCUAUUCGAUCGCAGACUCCACUUCCAGGAUGAGCAAAAAUCCCGAGCAACUUUAUAGGAUCAAAAGUGCGAGUGCCAAUGCUGUUUACGUCGACAAAUCGCAAAUCGACCAAGUAGAGCUACCAGCGGUACCUAGGAACAAGGUGACCCUGCUCAGCCAGAUCGAGCCGAGGACAUUUGAUAAAGAGUCCGAGGAGAUGGCGGCUAACCUGUCGGCCUGGUUCGCUAGCAUGCGGAACGCGCAGCUUCCGACGGCCGUGUCGAGCUUCGAGGAGGCUUCAGCGCAGCGAUUGUUCACCAAGCAGGAAAUGCCUAAGCACUCGUCGGGCGGGCCCAAGCAAUCGCAGAUAGACGCGAAUCGGCAGUUCCAGGCGCUGCAGAACCUGCCGAACAUCCAGAGUACACCCUGGGCCGCUGGUAACUUCAUCAGCGGCCGCUCACGGGUGCAGCACGUGACCGAGGAGUACGAUAGCUCAGAGGACGUGCGAGUAUACAUGAAACCGGGCAGCUACAAUGUGCCGAAGAAACGGCACCAAAGAAGGCCUAAUCGCCGCCCGGACAAUAACUCUCGCAACUUACACACGAGCAACCAUCAUCACAAUGUGUGCGCCAACAAAACGAAGAACUUACCGAUGCUCACGUCGUCGACACCCCUGUCGCACCUGAACGCGCCGGCCUUGUCCGCUAACAUCAGUAACGCCACGCUGAUCAAGACCUCAUUCCCGUCUGCUUCGCAGCUGCCAGCGCCUCUCUUCGACCUCGAGAAUUCACCUGGAAUCCUCAAACGCACGGAACCUCAGAUCGCUCAUCGGGACGUCACGUGGAAGGCAGCAUGCGCCUCGGCCGAGAUACUUCUCGAAGCGCUCAAUGUCAAGGACUGCGCCGAUACGUCCAGGAAGAUCGAUCGCGAGCGCAGCACCGAGAAAGACGAUAAGACCGAAGACAAUGGCGGAGCGUUACCGUCGACGUCACAGCAGGGUGAUCCAAAAUCGACGAAGCGUGCCGACGUUGACUGUGCCACAUCCUACGAAGCCUCAGAGGAUGAUUCGGGCUCGACGUGCAGACUGUCGCCCAGCACGAGCGUCGUAUCGGUGCCACAGUCGUGCAAUAAUGAAAAUGCAUGUUCAAUAGCUCUCGGUACGAAAACCAACGUGAAGACGGAUUCCUGGCUGAUAAGGACUCUCAACAACGCGAGUAUCGCCGGCAAACAGAGACGACGUAAAGACAGCAUAGACCGAGGUAGUUCUGAAUCGUCGAGCAGCUCGGUGAUUGCCGAUGUAAAGCCGGAUCAGCUUGCAUUGUCAUCAACUGCAGACACGGAUUUGAAGAUUCCGGCAACGAUUAGCGAUAGCGAGUACCCAGCGAUCUUUUCUCGCGAACACAUCACGUGUUCCUUCCCAAUAAACUGCGAAACGUCGGCAAAGGAAUCAGAAGGUCACGUUGGAAGAGCCACAUACUCGGAAACGGUGCGAAGAUCCAUCAGAUCGGACAACGCGUACUUGAGCAGAAAGGAUUCGUACAAAACAUGCACGAGCAAUGUACCGGUGUCCUGCGGCACCAUGAUACCAAUUCCCGGCCGGAAGUGCCAGAGGAAAGAUCCUGAACAAUCUUAUCAGCUUCUACACAAAUCGCAGAAGUCGAUUGGUAAGAAAUCAGCGAGGAACGUGGACAGCAACGAAGUCCAGUUAGAAGAAGAGUCCUGCGCGAAAGUCGGCAACGUCAAGUCGUGUCGCGUAACGUCGAAAUCUAUCUCGUCAAGCACUACGAAGACAUACGUGAAAAAAAAAGAUCUGGAACACUCGGAGAGCGCCUUGAAGUGCAUCAAUAAAUCGGGCGAUCGCGGCUGGUCAGUAUGGUACAGUUCCAGGAGAAAACAGAACCUCAGUCCCUUGGCACUUAGCAAACUGGAAAUUAUCCAUCAGGCUGUUUGGCAGAUGGACGAAGCUAAAGUCUUCAAAUAUCCAACUUCGUGCGGCGACAAGGAUGGCCAGUUUGUCCCUACGGGGAUGACUGACAAUUACUGCAAGAACGUCAAGAGUCCGAUGUUCUUCGAGAUCGUCGACUAUAAGCUGAAGAACCGAGCUUACCAUAAGGUUGAACAUGCUCUGAAAGAUUUCCGGCGUAUCAUUCAGACCGCGAGAUUGUAUUAUCAGCAUGACGAAGAGCGGACCAAGAAACUUGAAGUGCUGUCGAAGAAACUGGAAGACUUGCUCGAGGAACACUUCGGUAAUUGGGAUCUCGGCAGCAUCAUCGGUAGUCCGAGAGAAGACGCAACGGUGCGAUGUAAGACUUCCGGGCAGAAAUUGAUCACAGGACGCUACGACAGCGUGAAAAAGAAUUCCACUUCGUUGAGCAUUGCGGAGGAACAUACUCUAUUACUCCACUAACACGUUGUGUCUCGUCAAGACGAGAACGACCAAAUCGACCUACUUACAUUCUCCACUAACAUAACUCUAUACUAACGUUAUAUUAUCAUUACAUCGAUGAGACAUCGUAUGUAAUAACGUCUUCUAGUCACGAGUCAUUUUGUAUGGUUAAUAUUGUAGCUGUUUUUUUAUUCUCUCGAAGAUCCGAUACCAUCGUUCGACAUCCUCGCGGGGCUUUUCCGUCUCGAGUUCCAAAGAGAGAUUCUCAACGAUUUCGUUAAUUUUCUAAACCGCGUACAUAUUUCUUCCGCUGACUAUUCUAAUCUACAACAUCUCUAAGCUAUAAAAUAACGAUAUUGUUGCAAAAAGAAGGAACUGUGCUAAACGCGCAAGAGUUCGACCGGCUAUUGAAUUUAUUUCUGUAGAAGAAAAUAGCGCGCAAUGGUGUAGGAGGUAUCAACGACAAUGUAAUUUUCAUGUUUACUGUUACGGCUA